AGGAAAACCACGUACACGACGGCUGCCUAUUGGCGUGAGCUCGCUUUCUGCCAUCGGCCGUCAGUACAGAGCCGCUCCACGUCUCUCUCCGCCUUCCCUUUCUGCCUUUAACUGUAUCCGUCCGACCGGAUAGCUCAGACGCCUCGAGAGCGCUAGCUACCUACAAGAUGAGCUCCUCAGCGCCGGCGGCAUUCCCGUCCUCGCCGGCGUCCUCCUCCUCCUCGAGCGCCAGCGCCAGCGUCCCGAUGGUCGUGAUCACGGUGGUCGGGAUCGUCGCGGCGUUCGCGCUGCUGGCGAGCUACUACGCGUUCGUGACCAAGUGCCAGCUGCUCCGCGCGGUGCUGUCCCGCAACCCUCCGUGGCGAGAGCCAACGCGCGCCGCUGCGCCCUGCGAGGAGCAGCGGCGCCGCGGCCUCGGGAUGCCGCUCAUCCGCAUGCUACCGGUGGUGACGUUCACGGCGGCGGCUGAAGGGAGGAGGGCGUCGACGUCGUCCGAGUGCGCGGUGUGCCUGAGCGAGUUCGCGGAGCGGGAGCGCGUGCGGCUGCUCCCCGGCUGCGCCCACGCCUUCCACAUCGACUGCAUCGACACCUGGCUCCAGGGCAGCGCGCGGUGCCCCUUCUGCCGCCGGAGCGUCACCCUUCCGCCGCUGCCACUCCUGCCGCCGCGACACGACCGGCACUGGCAGGACGAGCUCUGCGCUAGCGGCAACGAGGACACCGGCAGCAUCGUGAUCGAGGUGAGAGGGGAGCACGAGAGCUGGGCCGCUGCCGGCGGCGGAAGGAAGGUCCGGAAGAAGGCGGUGGGCGACGAGGCGGUGGAGACGACGAGGAGGAAGGAGUUCGCCGUGGAGCCGAUGAGGCGGUCGCUGUCCAUGGACUCCUCCUGCGACAAGCUGCACGUGUCCGUCGUCAAGGAGUUCCUGGCGCAGAGGCAAAUGUCGUAGUGGUACAUUCUUUGAUCGAUCGUACUGUACAAUUCAUUCAUUUGUACGCUGUUGCUGCUGUAGCAGUACAAAGCUAGCGUACGUGUAAAUAUGCUGGGGCUGUGCGAAAUGGCCUGGGAACCGUGACGAUCGGGGGAGUUGGAAAAAGAGCGGCUGUCGACUGUCGUGUGUCUUGUGGUGCCCGGCGA